AGUGCUAAAAGCGAUGGAGUCUGGGUGAUGUUUCCGUUUGUAUUCGUUGUGCUUCUCUGUGUUUUCUCAUCGCUCUCCAGCAGUAAGUGGCACGUGGUAAUUUAGAAAAUCCACUGUGAUGGAUGAUGGUACCUGCGUCCCUGAGCACCCUGGGGCCGGCAGGGCAGCCUCGCUCUAAGUGCCCGUCCCUCCCUCCCUGCCGCUGAGAGACCAGCCAUCGCAGGAAUCCGACAGCUCGGCUCGUCUGGGCCACGGACUCCGCACACCCUCGGCUUCGUGCUGGGCUCCAGAGCCGGCGCUCCGUCCGACGGGGCUCCCUGGUCUGAGGCCAGGGGCGGAAGGGCUGCCUGCACGUCUGGGUUGCUAAGUGCACUGUUUAAUUUAGAAGGGCCUUUUAUCCUGGUCUCUAGAUCAGAGCCCCGGGGAAAAAGGGGUGGAGUUCAAGAAGCCUGGAGGAAGGGCCUUUGAAGGGUGGAGCUAAGGGGGAAGAAGGGAGAACCCUUUAAAUAAGGGGCCGGCACUGGCUGCCCAGGAGUAGGUGCUCCACGUCGCACGUGUCUGCCGGUGAGAAGGCGCCGCAGCCGCAGCCGCAGCCGCAGCCCCAGGGAGGUGAUGGAGCCCGAGGAGUACCGGGAGAGAGGAAAAGAGAUGGUGGAUUACAUCUGCCAGUAUCUGAGCACCGUGCGGGAGCGGCGUGUGACACCGGAUGUCCGGCCUGGUUACCUGCGAGCCCAGCUGCCUGAGAGCGCUCCCGAGGAACCUGACAGCUGGGACAGCAUCUUUGGGGACAUCGAGCGAAUUAUCAUGCCUGGGGUGGUACACUGGCAAAGCCCCCACAUGCACGCCUACUACCCAGCCCUCACCUCUUGGCCGUCGCUGCUGGGAGACAUGCUGGCCGAUGCCAUCAACUGCUUGGGAUUCACCUGGGCCUCCAGCCCUGUGUGCACGGAGCUGGAGAUGCAUGUCAUGGACUGGCUGGCGAAAAUGCUGGGACUCCCAGAGCACUUCCUGCACCACCACCCCGGCAGUCAGGGAGGAGGCGUCUUGCAGAGCACAGUCAGUGAGUCCACCUUGAUUGCCUUGCUGGCAGCAAGAAAGGACAAAAUCCUGGAAAUGAAAGCGUCCGAACCCGGGGCUGAUGAGUCCUCCCUGAACGCCCGGCUCAUUGCCUAUGCCUCUGACCAGGCUCACUCUUCAGUGGAAAAAGCUGGUUUGAUUUCUCUGGUGAAGAUGAAGUUUCUGCCUGUGGAUGACAACUUCUCACUCCGAGGGGAGGCUCUUCAGAAAGCCAUCAAGGAGGACAAGGAACGGGGCUUGGUGCCUGUUUUUGUGUGUGCAACACUGGGGACCACGGGGGUCUGUGCAUUUGACUGCCUGUCAGAGCUGGGCCCCAUCUGUGCCAAUGAAGGGCUGUGGCUUCACAUCGAUGCUGCCUACGCAGGCACUGCCUUCCUGUGCCCUGAGUUCCGGGGGUUUCUGAAGGGCAUCGAGUACGCCGAUUCCUUCACCUUUAAUCCUUCCAAGUGGAUGAUGGUGCACUUUGACUGUACUGGCUUCUGGGUCAAGGACAAGUACAAGCUGCAGCAGACCUUCAGUGUGAACCCCAUCUACCUCAGGCAUGCCAACUCAGGCAAGGCCACUGACUUCAUGCACUGGCAGAUCCCCCUGAGCCGGCGGUUUCGCUCUAUCAAACUCUGGUUCGUGAUUCGGUCCUUUGGCGUGAAGAAUCUUCAAGCACAUGUCAGACAUGGCACUGAAAUGGCAAAAUAUUUUGAGUCUCUGGUCAGAAACGACCCUUUCUUUGAAAUCCCUGCCAAGAGGCACCUUGGCCUGGUGGUUUUUCGUCUAAAGGGUCCUAAUUGUCUCACAGAAAGUGUAUUAAAAGAAUUAGCUAAAGCCGGCCAUCUCUUCCUCAUACCGGCCACUAUCCAGGACAAAUUGAUCAUCCGUUUCACUGUGACAUCCCAGUUCACCACCAGAGAGGAUAUCCUGAGAGACUGGAAUCUCAUUCGAGAUGCUGCCACUCUCAUCCUGAGUCAGCACUGUACUUCCCAACCUAGCCCUCAGAUUGGGAACCUCAUCCCUCCAACCACCGGCCCCAGAGCCUUGGCCAAUGGCAUGUCCCUUCAGUCUGCCAAUGGGGCAGGCUAUGACCCAGCCCAGACCAGGAAGAUCAUCAAGCAGCCUCAGCCUGUGGGAGCCAGUCCUAUGAAAAGGGAAGACAGCUGCCAUCUUGAAAACCUCCUGGACCCACUUGAUGAUGACUGCUUUUCAGAAGAGGCCCCAGAUGUCACCAAGCACAAGCUGUCCUCCUUUCUGUUCAAUUAUUUGUCCGUGCAAAAUAAGAAGAAGGCAGUGCGUUCCUUCAGUUGCAACAGCAUGCCUGUGAGUGCUCAGAAGCCACUGCCCACGGAUGGCUCUGUGAAGAAUGGUGGCUCCUCCAGGGCCAGAAUCUUUUCUAGGUUCCCAGAAGAGAUGAUGCUGCUAAAGAAAAGUGCCUUCAAAAAACUCAUCAAGUUUUACAGCGUCCCGAGCUUUCCUGAAUGUAGCUCUCAGUGUGGGCUCCAGUUGCCCUGUUGCCCUCUGCAGGCAGUGGUUUAG